AUCAAUAUGUUUAUGUAGCGUAGUACGAGGUAGAAAACCGACGGCGCAACCGUGGCGUGCAAUUGGCUACAAAACCCUGACCCAAUCAAAUCACGCCAGCUGUUUACCAAUAACUUUACCGCGGGAAAUACGUUUCACCCUUUUUUAACCGGCAAAAAAUAUUCCCAUUUCAAUUCAACCGCCAGCUCACUUUAGCCACAUAACACCCCUCCCACUAUCUUGCGCACUUUGUUUAAUAAAGCUAAAGGCUUUUGUUUAAACCCUAAAAGGCAAUAACAUUAAGAUUUGCAGAAAGCUUAAAACAGCAUCCAUUCAUGGCGUAUCAAUCAAGAACUCGAAAACGGGUCAAUGCAUUGCGUCGUGCUCCUGAUGGCAGCGCCUUUCAAACUUGUGGAAGUUGUGGAGUUUCGAUAGCGAUUGCACUUGCGGAUAUGCAUGAAUGUGAAUCCAAAAGGGAUGUGAAGAAACCGAAAGUGGAAUUUCAGAUUGAGGUAGAACAGAGGUUUCAAAAUGAACCCAGAUCAGAAUUUCGAUUUUUCAUGGAAAGUUUUGUGAAGAACUGUGAUGCUAAAAGUUACAUUGAAAUUGAUCGAAAAGGGUUUGAAACAUGGAAAAACAUGUCUUCCGAGGAAAGGCUACCGUAUGUUGUUCAAGCUAAGUUGGUGAAUAAUGCUUAUUAUGAAAAACUACUUAAAGAAUCUGAAGAUCAAAUGAGUUCUUGUGUCGACGAGGAGGUGAAUUCUGCAGAGGUUGGGAAAAUUGACAAGAAUGAUAGAUUCUACAAUGAUGAUUCUUACGAUUCAGAUUCUUACGGGUCGGAUUCUUAUUUCUACUAGAAAGGAUGGUUCUUGAUGGCACUGGCAACUGGCAAGUCAUUUUGGCUAUUGUAUAGUAUAAUCAAGGAGCUAUAUUUUGUUUCCUGUAAUUAUGUUAGGAAAAAAUGGUUAUCUUUAGUGUAAUUAUAGGAUUUGUGGGAAAGAUGAAUGAAUGUUAAGGUUGUCUAUGCUUAUAUUUUUGGUA